UAGCAACACCAAAAAUAAAAUUUGCCAACUCUUACUUCAAGAUAUGAGUAAUGAUAUAACGCUUGUGCAACUGCAAGGGUUGGGCCUGAUAGGAAAAAUAAUAACUGGGCCAUGGAUGAGUCUGGUUUAUAAAAAUGCAACAGGAAAGAGUAAUCUUGAGUUUGGUGACAUUUUCCAGAAAGCAAUAAGGAAAUUAGCUUACUUCAAAAGUAAUCCAGAAUCAAUUCUUUAUACAGAUGUGGAUAUUUUUAGUCAAGUAUUAAAUAUCAAAAAAGAUAAGGUACACCAAUCCCUUCGUGUAAUAAAAAAAAAAAUAUUUUGGUAAAGAUUUUAUCAGCUUUGAUAAGCUACACAGAGACAGUUCUCAAAAGACAGAUGGCCAGGUAUUUGACUGGCAAUCUCUCAAAUCCAUCUAAAGAAAUGAUAAAAACCACACUAUCUGCUCCAACUCAUACAAUGGAGGCUGAAAGGAUCUUGGGCAUGCUUGAUUUUUUUUUGCGUCGUGCUCCUAAUGCUACUUUUGGUUUUCUGGAUUCUAAAAUAAAAGCCAGGGUAAACAAAGCAUUAACAUGGCUUGAUGAGAAAACAUUGCCAGAACAAGAAGAUCUUAUUCAAUUUGUAAUUCGCAGAGAAGCUUUAACGUGUCAAGCCUCUAAAAAUUUUAAUAAUUUUUUGUAUGAAGAAAUAGGAAAAAGAUGCGCCAAAGCUAAUUUAAAAAAAGAACGUCUGGAAAGAAAGCAACAAGAGAAGGAUAUUAAAAGAGCAAUAGCUGAAAAUGCCAAAACCACAAAUCCUCCUUUUGUUAAUAUUGAUAAAAAACAAAAACAAAUUUUAGGAGUAAUUUUGAAAAAUGGAAACUUGAUAGGGCAGCUCUUAAGCCAUAAAUGGGAGCUAGAUGAUGGUAAUAUGGAACUAAAGGGAAUAAUUGUUGAUCAAAAAGUAGCAACAAAAAAAAAAUCUAUUACAUACACAAUAGGAUAUUGGAAAGUCAAUGAAGAUGAAGCUGAAGAUAUUGACAUAAGCCAGGAAGGAGUUAUAGCAGAUCUAAUACUUAAAGACUUGGAAGCAGACACAGGGUUAUUUUACAUUUCAGAUACUGUGCUUGACAUUAUGAAAACUCUAAGCAUAAGUUACAGUGAUGAUGAAGAUGGGAAUGAAGUUGGUGAUGAUAAUCAAACUGUUCAUGCAGUUGGUGAAGAUUUUAUUCCAUUAUUAAAUCUUGAAUCUCAAGAAACUGUGGUGAAAAUAAGAAAAGUGUUUAAAAAAUUUCGUAGAUCGCCAGUGAGCAAUGAUGAUGAACUUCAACCAAAUAUAAAUGAAAACAUUGGAAAAAAAAAGCUUUGA